UCAAUCAACUUAAUGAGGAAACUUUGUCCAAAUGUUUAUAGAGAAGAUGGCCUUGAGACGGUUCUCGAGGUGCCAAUUCCAGAAGAAAUGUUCCACAGCAUGGGCAACACUGCUCAAUUACGAUCGCAAAACAUGUUAACUUGGAUGAAGGCUCAAACUUCUGAUAAAUGGUCGCAGCCGGUGAUUACCAGUCGGUUUAAUGAGCUUCGGUUCCUGCUUUACCUCGUUGGCUCUCCUCUUAUCCCUCUACAGGUUCAAUUGGGCCACUCUGUGCAUAAGGCUGUUAGAGAUAGUUCCAUUCAAGCAUCGACGGCAAAAUACAUUGUACAACAAUACAUAGCGGCCACAGGAGGGCAAGCAGCUUUAAACGCAGUUCACAGCAUGUGUGUAAUUGGGCAAGUCAAAAUUUCUGCAUCGGAGUUUCGGCAGGCAGAUCAAGAUCAAAACACAAGCGUAAAAAUCACCCAGGAAGCUGGUGGGUUCGUGCUAUGGCAGAAAGAUCCAGACUUGUGGUAUUUGGAACUCGUCGUCUCCGGCUGCAAGGUCAUCAGUGGAAGCAACGGUAAGCUUUCAUGGCGACAUUCCUCCAACAGCCAAACACCCAUUUCAAAGGGCCCUCCAAGACCCCUGCGACGCUUUUUACAGGGUUUGGAUCCAAGGUCGACGGCGAAUCUAUUUACCGGAGCUUCAUGCAUUGGCGAAAAGGUGAUAAAUCAGGAGGACUGUUUCAUAUUGAAGCAGGAGACAAGUCCAGCCAUUCGAGAGGCACAAAGCGGCCCUAAUUACGAGAUCAUUCACCACACAAUCUGGGGUUACUUCAGCCAAAGAUCCGGGCUAUUGGUUCAGUUUGAGGAUUCAAGGCUGCUAAGAAUGUUAACAAAAGCCGACGACGAUGUUUUCUGGGAAACAAGCACGGAAUCAGUAAUGGAUGAUUACAGAUACGUAGAUGGUAUUAACAUUGCCCAUGGUGGCAGGACACGUGUCACGAUUUAUAGAUAUGGAGAGCAAUCUGCAAAUCACAAGAGGGAGCUGGAAGAGAGGUGGAAGAUUGAAGAAGUGGACUUCAACAUUUGGGGCUUGGCAGAUGGUUUCUUUGUUCCUCCGGAGGACCUUCAAAGCAAAUAACUUAUACAUGAGCAAUGCCAUGAAUACAAAUUUU